UCCAUCCAACGGCGUCGGAGAGCAAUAUCAGAGAAGGGGUGGCUCCGCGCGCCGACAUCUCCGCUAACCAGUUCGAACUUCGAACCCACAGGCGAAAGUCCCAUCCUCGUUCGGGCUCACCCCUUCGAGCCACUCCGACACUUCUCUUUCAGCAUACGAUCCAUUCAUAAGUUGUAUGGCAUUCGGCGCUUCACGGCGUAUUCUUUCUUACCAGUUCCAAGGGUGCUUUUUGGCGCGUCGCGGCAGAGGCAGGUAUCCUUAUCGCUUACUUUACUCGCCUUCGCCCUCAUCGUCUUUAUCAUACUUAUUUUCAACCCUAGAUGAACCAUCAAAUCUAUUUGACGGCGGUGUUUUGGGUAAUGGGAUUCAAAAUCAAUCCACCAUAGACGAGCGCUUCAUUAUUGGGGAACUUUCUGAUCUUUUACUGGCUAAUCCUUAUGGUUCGGUUCCUAACACACUUAAAGAGAAACACACGGUGAAACAGAUGCCAAUUAGGGCGGUGGAUGGAUUUUUACGACCAGAAGAAAAAUUACGAGGUGUCUUCCUUCAAAAACUGAAUGGUAAAACUGCAAUCGAACAUGCUUUAGAUAGUGCUGAUGUGAAUUUGAGCCUAGAUGUCAUCAACGAAGUACUGAACACGGGGAGUUUAGGCAGUGAAGCAAUGAUUACCUUCUUUUACUGGGCUAUUAAACAGCCAACGAUAGCUGAAGAUACUUCUAGUUACAACGUAAUUCUUAAAGCUUUGGGUAGAAGAAGGUUUUUUGACUCCAUGAUGGAUGUUUUGCACAACAUGACGCGGAAGGGAGUGAAUGCAAAUAUAGAGACAGUAUCCAUUGUGGUGGACAGUCUGGUCAAAGCCCACCAAGUUUCUAAGGCACUUCAACUCUUUAGAAACUUGAAAGAAUUUGGGUUGAAAUGUGAUACUGAAACCUUGAAUGUUAUUCUAAAAUGCAUGUGUCAACGAUCCCACGUGGGUGCUGCAAGCUCCUUCUUCAAUUUAAUCAGGAAGAAUGUUCCUUUCAAUGCCAUGACAUAUAACAUUAUUCUCAGUGGAUGGUCAAGACAUGGUAGGCUUAGUGAAGUCGAGAGAGUUUUGAAUGCUAUGGAAGGAGAUGGGUUUUCUCCAGAUUGUCUGACCUACACCUAUCUUCUCGAGUGUCUGGGCAGAGCUAAUCGUAUUGACGAUGCUGUCAAGAUAUUUGAUAAAAUGAACGAGAAAGGCUGUACUCCAGACGUUGGUGCUUAUAAUGCAAUGAUCUCCAAUUUUAUAUGCAUAGGUGAUCUUGAUGAAUGCAUGACCUAUUACAAGCGUAUGUUGAGUAAUAAAUGUGAACCGGACAUGAAAACGUAUUCCACUUUGAUUAUUGGCUUUCUUAAAGCCAAGAAGGUUGCUGAUGCACUUGAAAUGUUCGAUGAGAUGGUGGUAAGAGUUAUUCCCACUACGGGGGCAAUAACGUCCUUUAUCGAACUUUGCUGUAGUUAUGGUCCUCCCCAUGCAGCCAUGUUAAUCUACAAGAAAGCAAGAAAAGUUGGAUGUAGGAUAUCGAAAAAUGCUUAUAAAUUGUUGAUGAUGCGGCUUUCUUUGUUUGGUAAAUUUGGUACACUGUUAAAUAUAUGGAAUGAGAUGCAGGAGAGUGGUUAUGAUCCUGACGUGGAGACUUAUGAGCAUGCUAUUGAUUGUCUUUGGAAAACAGGGCAGCUUGAAAAUGCUGUACUUGUCAUGGAGGAAUGUUUACGUCAGGGCUUCUUCCCAAGUAGGCAAAUAUGUAGUAAGCUUUAUAACAAACUAUUGGCUUCUGAAAGAAUAGAAAUGGCAUAUAGACUCUGGUUGAAAAUCAAAGUUGCUCGUCAACAGGAAAAUUUGCAAAGACGUUGGCGUGCCAAUGGAUGGCAUUACUGAAAUCUUACAGGUCAUAUCAAUUACAAACAAGUUGUUUUUUCUCUUUUUUGAUCAUUUGAAGCUUAGUAACACAAGUAUUUCUACUUGAUGUGGUGCAUUAUUAGCGCUGUUGACUGCUGAAAUUAUGUCAUCUUACAAAAUGGUCUAUGAAAUUUCUUGGGCUUCCGCUGAGGAAAGUCUACAAACAGUGGACUUCCCUUCCGGACUCUGUUUAUAGCAAAGGUGGAAUUCAGAUUGCAUAAAUGGAAGAAAUAUUCUCCCCAAAGGAGGAAGGGUCCAUUGUUGAUACCUUUGGCUAUUCAUUUAGAACAGCAGCGCCCAAGUCUCUGGAAAUGGGCUGACUUCACUUUGGCUAUGCAUCUAGUGACAGUCGCGCCAGUAUCUCUGAAAGUCUUUCUACCUCAAUUCAGCUCCAAAACACAAAAGACCCAUGUGCCGAGGCGCCUACCUUCUUAAGAUUCUCUUCGUAGGGAUUCAACCAAGCUUCAAACGAGUUUGUAUCCAAUCUAUUUGGUGGAUAGGCUUCUCAAUCAUAGCAAGUGGCAGCCACCUGGUUCAAUGGGAUACCAGUUGCACCAUUAACCAAGGUGGCCUAGGUAUUGUUGGCAGUAUACAUACUAAAAACAUGGAAUUCAUGUCGAGAUGACUUGGAGAUUUUCUAGCGAACCCCGUACAUUAUGACAUGAAAUCAUUUCUAGCUGAUAUGUUAGAGUUGAUUCAGAAUUGUUCUCUUGUAAAGGAGCUAGAAACAAGCACCCGAAACUAUCUUGAACUACAAGUUUUUCUUUCUUUCUUUCUGGGUUUCUCCAUCAAAGACGGUGAAUGAAACUGUACUUGAUUCUUGGAAGAUAUGGCCAAACACUGGUUUGGAUAAUAAAUAUCCUAGGUUAUAUACCA